UAAAUUUCGUUUUUGAAAAAUUAAAAACAAAAACAAAAUAAUCCCUAAACGGCAACAUCUUCUGCGCAUGUUCUCGGAGCUCUGGCUCCCUUAUCGGAGCCCCGGCUGAUUUUUCCGAUCCGAGAAACAACAUUUUUUUUAACUCCGUUCAGUUUUCAUUAAUUAGUUUUUAUUUUAAUUUCUAGAUCCUUUAAUUUCAUUAUAUUUACAUAAAAUGUCGAAACCAUGGGGCUCCAUCGGCGACUGGGCCGCCGAUGUCGAACGGGAAGAGCAAGAAGCCGCAUCUGCUGCCGCAGCAGCGCCAAGCGGCGCCGCUUCUUCUCAGAGUUUUCCUAGUCUAAGAGAAGCAGUUACUGCAAAACCUAAAAAGAAAAAAAUGACUCUCACCGAGUUUCACACAUCGUCACCGGCCGAUGGUGGAGGAGGAGCGUUCAGCAGUAGCCGUGGUUUAACACCGGAUGAAAUGUUCCGUCUGCCGACUGGUCCGAAAGAGCGGUCCGCUGAGGAAAUGCAGUACGGAAGACAUGGAGGCGGGUUUUCAAAUUACGGUGGUAAGGGACUCGGGUCGGGUAGGACGCGUGAAACGGAUGGAGCUUGGGCUAAUAAUAAUAAUAAUAGCAGGAGACAGUAUGGUGGAUUUGAUGACGAGCGGAGAGGUCCUGCACCAGCUAGGGUUUCUGAUUAUGAUCAACCAUCACGUGCUGAUGAGGUUGAUAAUUGGGCAAUGGCUAAGAAAUCAUUGGUAUCAACGCCUUCGUUUGAUUCCGGUAACCGUCAGAGUCGUUACGGUGGCGGUUUGGGAGGCGGUGGUGGUUUGGGAGGUGGUGGUGGGAGUUCUAGAGCUGAUGAGGUUGAUAACUGGGCAAGUGUUAAGAAACCAUUUGUUAGUUCUACUCCUUCGAUGUCUGGGGCUAGAUCUUCCACGUUUGGAUCAGGUUUUCGUGAUUAUUCGGGUGUAGGUGGUGGGCCGGAUAAUGAUCGUUGGACUUCACGAGGAGGUGGAAUUCGAGAGCCGGAGAGGGAGAGACCGAGACUGGUGUUGAAUGCACCUAAAGGGGAUUUAGGUGCUGGUGGUGCUGGUAAUGAGGUGGUUGUUAAAACAAAUAAGUCGAAUCCUUUUGGGGCUGCUAGACCGAGAGAAGAUGUAUUAGCUGAGAAAGGAUUGGACUGGAAAAAGCUUGAUUUGGAAAUUGAAGCUAAGAAGACUAGUUCCCACUCUAGCAGGCCUAAUAGUGCACAUUCUAGUAGGCCUUCAAGUGCACAUUCUGUUAGGUCCGAAAGCUUAGGGUUGCAGCAGGGAUUAGAGAAUGUGGUAGUGAAGACAAGACCAAAAGUGAAUCCUUUUGGUGAUGCUAAGCCUAGGGAAGUUUUAUUGCAGGAACGUGGUCAGGAUUGGCGGAAAAUUGAUCUUGAUUUGGAACAUCGCAGAGUUGACAGGUCUGAAACCGAAGAUGAGAAAUUUUUGAGAGAAGAGAUAGAGUAUUUAAAAAAGGAAGCACAGAAAGAGGGAUCUGUUCAAUUGCCUGGAGGAGAUCAACCCAGUUCGCAAGAUAUAAUAUCUCAGAAAGAAAAGGAAUUAGAACAAAUAAUUCGUGAUUUGGAUGACAAAGUUCGAUUUGGGCAGAAAGCCGUUGAAAGACCAGGUUCUGGGGCAGGUAGGGCUGCCAGUUUCUCUGAGAGACCACCGUCUCAGUCUGGUUCAUUUGAUGAGUCCAGAAGUAUGGAGUAUAUGGAUAGGCCCCGAUCACGUGGCACUCAAGAUACAUGGACAAGGCCUGGUAUGGAGUAUAUGGAUAGGCCCCGAUCACGUGGCACUCAAGAUACAUGGUCAAGGCCUGGUGAUGAGAGAAAAGCAUUUCAUGGUGGCAGGGAAAGAGGAUUUCCUGGUAGCAGGGACUUUGACAGGUCAAGUUCAGGGGAUAGAUGGUGAGCUACUGAUCCUGUAGAUUCUUCAUUGAGUUUCUCUUCAGCUUUUGACAACCAGAUCAAAUAAUAUUUCUCCACCGUUUCGUUUCUUUCCUUUUUAUUCUAUUUUUAUUUUAUUUCAAAUUUUUCUAUGUUCUCUUGUUUUUGCUCUGGGAAGAAGAGCAAGGAUUAUCCGAGUACUACUAGCAUUGCAAACAGUUGCAUUAGUAUUACAUUUUGAAACUCUGUACAAUCGCCAUUUCGGAUUUGUUUCGGAAGGAGGCUGGAUUAUUUGUAGGACUCAAAUUUUAAUGAACUCCAUCGGACUUUGCUAGUUUA